AUGAAAGCACCGGUUUCGAGGGAGAAAAAAGUGGCCGCAAUAAGGAUACACCAAGUCGUAAGAGGCUUGGAAGAAGAGGAGGAACAAUUGGAAGGAAUGGAAGGAGAGGAGACGGAAGAAGCACAAAUUACGAAAAUGAUGCAUGAAAUCGGUGCUGAAAAUGAACUUACAGAAAUGUUGGGCGCACAGGUGCUCAAACGUCAAUUGAAUCAAGCAUGA